UUUGCAAUCUAUCGUUCAUUUUUUCUGGUUUAAUUUUGAUUUUCACAAUAAUAAAAAAAUUCACAAAAAAAAAAAUUCCACCAAAAAAAAAAAUUGAUAAUUUUUCCAGAAUUCAAGGCUCAGAAUCUUGGAAUUUGGAUCCCUUCUCUUUCUCUCUCCUCUCCAUUCGCUAAUUAUUAGCAGCCCCACCGCAAGAGAUAUUUUUUUGCUCUACACAAAAUUUGGAAAUUCAGUGUUUUUUUUAGUUCAAGAAACAAUAUCUUCAGUUAUGUGGAAAUCCAGAUUUUGCCUUUUUAGUUCUGUCAUUGUAUUUGUAUAAUUUGCUCAAAAUCCUGCAUUUUUUCAUAGCUACUGUAUAAAGGUGGGAACUUUACUGGGGUUUUGAUCCAAGAAAAGGUGAUUAAAUUAUUGGUAGUAAAGCUGAAGCUCACUCAUUUUGGGAGAAAUGGUGGGUUUGGGAUUGUUUUCCAGUGAAACUGCAAUAAAAUCAGUGAGUGUUAGUUUCAGAAUACCAUAUUUUACUCAAUGGGGUCAGAGCCUUCUUGUGUGUGGGUCAGUUCCAUCACUUGGUUCAUGGAAUGUGAGAAGGGGUCUACAAUUGAGUCCUGUGAAUGAAGGUAGCGAUCUCAUAUGGCGUGGGAGCAUUGAUGUUUCAAGUGGGUUUGAAUGUGAAUAUAGUUACUAUGUGGUGGAUGAUGAUAAGAAUGUACUUAGGUCGGAAAUGGGGAAGAAGCGGAAACUUUUGUUGCCAGAUAGUAUACAGGAUGGUGAAAUUGUGGAAUUUCAUGAUCUUUGGCAGACUGGUUCAGAUGCUCUACCUUUCACUAGUGCAUUUAAAGAUGUCAUCUUCCGUAAUACUUCAAGCUUGAUCGUUGAGAGACCCCUUGGCGUCCUGCAAAAUAAAUUAGGUCUUGACGAUCUAGUGCUCGUACAUUUCAAGAUUUGCUGUCCUAAUAUAGAUGAAGGGACAUCUGUUUAUGUGAUUGGUAGUCCUCAAAAGCUGGGGCAGUGGAAGACUGAGGGUGGUCUUAAGCUCAGUUAUGCUGGUGACUCGAUUUGGCAGGCGGAUUGUGUGAUGGGAAAAGAAGAUUUUCCUAUAAAAUACAGAUAUGGGAAAUAUGACAAUGCUGGACAUUUUGCUAUUGAGAUAGGGUCGAAUAGAGAGCUUUCAGUGGAAACACUGUGUAACCAAGCAAGAUAUGUCUUUCUCUCAGACGGGAUGCUGCGGGAAAUGCCAUGGCGGGGUUCUGGCAUGGCAAUCCCUAUGUUUUCAGUUCGAUCAGAAGAUGAUAUCGGAGUUGGGGAGUUUCUUGAUCUGAAGUUACUUGUUGACUGGGCUGUCGCCUCAGGUUUCCAUUUAGUUCAACUAUUACCAAUCAAUGACACCUCUGUACAUAAAAUGUGGUGGGAUUCAUACCCUUACAGCUCUCUCUCUGUAUUUGCAUUGCAUCCCUUGUAUCUGAGAAUUCAGGCGCUUUCAGAGAAUAUUCCUGAAGAAAUUAAGCAAGAGAUUGUGAAGGCAAAAGAAACACUGGAUUUAAAGGAUGUUGAUUAUGAGGCCACAAUGUCCACCAAACUUUCUAUUGCUAAGAAGAUUUUCUCGCUGGAAAAGGAUCUGAUACUUAAAUCCAGCUCCUUCCAGGAGUUCUUUUCUGAGAAUGAGGAGUGGCUGAAACCUUAUGCAGCCUUCUGUUUUCUGCGGGAUUUCUUUGACACCUCGAAUCAUAGUCAGUGGGGCCGUUUUUCCCAUUUUUCUGAAGAGAAGCUUGAGAAACUUGUCUCAGAAGACAGUCCCCACUACAGCAUCAUUUGCUUCCACUAUUACAUACAAUAUCAUUUGCAUGUACAACUAUCAGAGGCUGCUGAAUAUGCAAGGAAAAAAGGAGUGGUGUUGAAGGGAGACCUCCCAAUUGGUGUAGACAGGAACAGUGUUGAUACUUGGGUCUAUCCAAACUUGUUUCGGAUGAACACAUCAACUGGAGCACCACCUGAUUAUUUUGAUAAAAAUGGGCAGAAUUGGGGUUUUCCGACUUAUAAUUGGGAGGAAAUGUCAAAAGACAACUAUGGAUGGUGGCGUGGUCGUUUGACUCAGAUGGCGAAGUAUUUCACAGCUUAUAGAAUCGAUCAUAUAUUGGGCUUCUUUAGAAUUUGGGAACUUCCAGAGCAUUCUCUGACUGGUUUAGUUGGAAAGUUCAGACCAUCAAUCCCCUUAAGCCAGGAAGAGCUUGAGAAAGAGGGGAUAUGGGACUUUGAUCGGUUGAGUCGUCCAUACAUCCGACAAGAGUUUCUGCAGGAGAAAUUUGGCUCUUCUUGGACGAUUAUUGCAGCUCUUUUCCUAAAUGAAUGUGAGAAGGGGCAUUACGAGUUUAAGGAAGAUUGCAACACUGAGAAAAAGAUAGCUUCGAAGCUCAAGGAAUGCACAGGGAAAUCAUUGUUGUUUGGAAGUGAAGCCGAGCUCAGGCUCAAUCUGUUUGAUCUUUUGCGGAAUAUAGUUCUGAUCAGAGAUCCAGAAGAUGCUUGCAAAUUUUAUCCUCGUUUCAAUCUCGAGGACACUACAAGUUUUAACGAUCUAGAUGAUCACAGUAAAAAUGUUAUGAGAAGAUUGUAUUACGAUUAUUAUUUCCAUCGGCAAGAAAACCUUUGGCGUCAAAAUGCUCUGAAGACUUUGCCAGUACUCUUAAAUUCAUCAGAUAUGCUGUCCUGUGGUGAAGAUUUAGGGUUGAUUCCUUCUUGUGUUCAUCCUGUCAUGCAAGAGCUUGGAUUGAUAGGUUUACGGAUUCAGCGUAUGCCAAAUGAGUCAGAUUUGGAGUUCGGCAUUCCUUCCCAGUAUGGCUAUAUGACAGUAUGUGCUCCAUCAUGUCAUGACUGCUCUACUAUGCGUGCUUGGUGGGAAGAAGACGAAGAAAGGAGACGUCGAUUUUUUAAGACCGUGGUGGGAUCAAAUAAGCUUCCGCCCAGUAAAUGCAUCCCAGAGAUAGCUUAUUUUAUCAUACGUCAGCAUGUUGAAUCCCCUUCAAUGUGGGCUAUUUUCCCUCUACAGGAUUUACUGGCCUUGAAGAACGAGUACACAGCUCGCCCUGCAACAGAGGAGACUAUCAAUGAUCCCACUAAUCCGAAACAUUACUGGAGAUUCCGUUCCCAUGUUACAUUAGAGGCUUUGCUGAAGGACCAGGAGCUGAAGACCGCAAUUAAGGAUCUUGUGCGUGGCAGUGGGAGAGCGUAUCCUCGUGAUCAUGAAGAAACAUUGGCAGCUUCAGACCAACGGAAUCAGUCGCCUGCGCUAACAUCGACAAAGGUCCAGCCUAAUGGUGGUGUCUCACAAAAGGAGACAAUUGCAGUCUUAUAAGAGGAAGUGAGGCAGUUUUGCCUUGAAAAGCCAGUGAAAUUUCAUUAGGUUCUUUUUUGCCCACUUAAAGCUCUGAGAUACUGAGGAGAAAUGAAAAACACAAUCAUGUAGUAAUAAUUUGUACUUCUGUAGACAAUCUGUUUUCUUCAGCCGUGCUUUAAGAGGAAAUUGAAUAAAUUUCUGUUGCUCUAAUAUAUAUAAUCUGUUUCUUUUUAGUGGUUA